AUGCUGUGCGCUGACCUGUCGGAGGCCUCAGCCAGCAGCGUGGCGUGGCGGCGCGUGGCGGCUGUCCCAGCCGGUUCCCCCCUCUCAAGCGAGGGCAUCUCCCUACUGCACUGCCCGGAGCUCGGCCUGCUGGUGGCGUUCGGCGGGUACAAUGGGAAAUACCACAACGCAGUCAGCGUCUUCAAGCUACCCGCCGCCGACGACGGCCACCCCGCCGCGCCGGCGGAGGCGGCCUCGGCGCCGCAGCAGCACCAGCGGCAGUCAUUGGAGGCCGGGCCGCAGCAACAGCAGCAGCAGCAGGCGGAGUUGAAGCAGCAGCAGCAACAGCAGGCGUACUCGAACGGCAACGGCUCCGCGGCCGCGGCGUCGUCGGCGCCUGCGCCCGCGCCCGCGAUCCGCUCCGGCGGCAGCGGCAGCUUUGGCGCGGCGCCCCAGGGCGAGAGCCUGCUGCGGGAGCUGGCGGUGGCGCGGGAGACCCUGAAAAGGGACCUGGCGGCAGCGCAGGCGGCGGCGGCCGAGGCGCAGCAGCAGGUGGCGGCAGCCCAGGAGUCUGCAGGGCAGGAGAUCGCCCUCCUGCGACGCCAGCUGUCGGCGGCGCAGGCCGCGCUCGGCGACGCGGAAAGGUCCCUGGACGACGCGCGCCACCAGCUGUCGGCUGAGCAGGCGCGCACCCUCAAGCUGGAGGCCACAGUGGCAGAGCUCAACGAACGCCUGGCGCAGGUCGGCGACCUGGAGCGCGAGCUGGGGCGCUACCGCAAGAUGGACUCGGAGGGCCGCAAGGGCAGCGGCAUAUGGGGAUACAUCACAGGGACACCAGCCGCCGCCGGCGGCGGCGCCUGA